AUACAUAUGGGUUCAAGCUAGUUCCUGUCAGCAUUUCUCUCUUUAAUAUGAGCUCAAGUGUGAGGGUAGGAAGAAACAGAUCAGGCUUUAGACGAGUGGAGGCAGACGGAGAAGACACAUCAUUUAGGCCAAGGAUAGAAGCCAAGGAUAUAGAAGCUCGAUUCUUCUGAUCCGGUUCUCGUGUAUCAUGUUCUACUACUCUAGCCCAAAGCCUCUCUUACUGGUUGUCCUCAUCGUGCUGUUCAACGGACACAACUGGGCAGAGAAAAUGGUGGGAAUCAUAGGUCAUGGGAUCACCAUCCACUUCUCACUUCGGAACAUGUCCAAAGCAUCUAGUAAUCGCUCAAUUGGUCUUUACAAAAAUUCUAAAAAGAUCGCUGAAUGUAAUCAUGAUGUGCACAGCUGUUGCUUACAAAGCCACCUCUGCUUCUCUGAGAAUAAAGAGGCCUCUUUCUUCAUCCAAAAUCUGACAUCAGUUGACAACGGAACGUAUUGGAUCAUGUUGUUCCAAAUCAAUAGAGAUCCUCCCAUGCUAAAAAGCAAUGAGGUGUCGCUUAUCCUUCAAUCGAAUGGUAACACCGCAGAAUCCCCAUCAUUCACCUCUAACGUCGCAGAUGAUGGUAUCAGCGACCGUGGAAACGCCAACAAUGUAUAUGUCCUGAUCAUCUUUGCUGUUUUGGGGGUGACAAUCAUAGCUCUGUUAAUCGGACUGCUUGGUUGGUUCUGCUGGACCUACAAAAGGAGCCCAGAACGGGACCAGCAAGAGAACCUCAAGGCCAAGCAACAGGGGUCAGGAGAGGCGUCCACCUCCAUGUCUGUCUAUUCUGUAGAAUACGGUGUGCUGGACUUCAACAGUAGACCCAAUGGAGAAGAGGCGAACAGGCAUGGGAGGGAGAGGGAGGGAGGAGUGGUAAGGUCUGCAGAGACAGUGGAAUAUGCUGCAAUCACCUUUCCCCCACAACAAAGGGUGUCAUACGGGAGAUAGUGAGUCAUCUGAAACUCUAUUAAAUACAAACAGCAUUGUCUGAUUUGAACUGAAUGCCAUCAACAUAUGGAACAGGUGCUGAGAGAAUGAUGCUGCGGUUGAUGUGUCACUCUGAGGUGAUAGAUACCGUAAGAAUGGAAAUACUUAGUCCCGUAUUAAUAAAAACACCCUCCCUGUGGCUAUGCGUGACUGUGCCCUACUGGAAAUACUAACAAAAAAAAAGUUGUAGAUACAAUAACCCAUUUGACUGUAACACAAAUGUAAUUUUAACAUGUUUUUUUUUGGUUUGUUUGUUUGUUUUUUAUAAAGUCAUGGAACAUAAAUUGUGUGUAAAAAUUUCCAGUAGGGUUUACACAGAUAAAUACACCUUUUAAUAGGGUAUUUGUUUUCACAGAGUGUCAUGUUGUUUGUUUACUCUGACACUAUUCGUAUUACCAGAAGUAUCUGGGGGGAUUUUACAAAAUAAUUAGCAUGGUCCUCUGCAAUCCAACUAAGUUCUCAUUAAAUGGAGUUUACUUGA